AUGGAGAAAGAAUGGGGGAUGCUGAAGCAUGACAGCGAGCAGGUAACUGGAGAUCUUGGUGAUAUUGUUGUUUCAGAUGCAAACACUGAGACCAAAAAGGAGGAGAAUGAAGUUAUGAGUGAUGAAAAAAGAAUUCGGGAAAGUUUAGUCCAAGAAAACAAAGACGAAGAAACAUUGCAAGCUGAUGAAGCUGUUUCUGAGGAAGCUUCGAAGAAGCAUCAUGACAAUGACCAAGAGAUUCAAGAUGAGAUUUAUGUUGAUCUUGGUGUUAUUCCUGUCUCGGAACAUGCCAACACUGAGACAAGUAAUGACAAUGAAGGUAUGCAACAAAUUAGGAGCAUUAACAGUUUUGCAAAAGUCGAGCAUCAAGAGAUAGAAGAGGCAGUCCAGGAAAACAUUUCUGAGCCUAAGAAAAUCAAUACUUUCGAUGAAGAAGCAGUGGUGGACCCAACUGAUGGUGUUUGUGGUGUUGACUCAGAUGGCACUAUCUCUGAAGCUGAUUCAAACCAAGAGACAGAACACGGCAAUUCAUGA